GUUUUGUAUCCGGUGUAACAUAGAAAAGAUGCAGUAUUAAGCCGGCUGUCAGUAGAUGAAUUUGAAAUAAUAUAAAAUAUAGCUGGCAAUAACUUUUCUUCAAUCAUUUGGAUUUCUUUCUAGUCUUUUUUCCGGUGUCCAUCAUUUCAUGUUUUGUAAAUAAUAUUUCAUUAGAAGAAUUUAAGAUAUUUCAUCAUGCCAGAAGAAAUUGUUAUAACCGGCAUGUCCGGUAGGUUUCCGGAAUCUGAUAACGUUGCAGAAUUUGCUGAAAAUCUUUUUAACAAAGUAGACCUUGUUACAGAAGACAACAGACGAUGGGAGCCAGGACUCUAUGGCUUGCCCAGACGAAUGGGUGUAAUAAAAGAUAUUAGUAAAUUUGACAACCAAUUUUUUGGUGUUCAUCACAAACAAGCUCAUAAUCUGGAUCCUCAAGCAAGGAUACUUUUGGAAUUAACUUAUGAAUCUAUAGUAGAUGCAGGUUAUGAUCCUGAUGAACUCAGAGGCAGAAACAUUGGAGUAUUUAUUGGAAAUUGUUCAUCCGAGAGUGAUGAAUUUUUCACUUAUGACCCAAAGAAAAUUAAUGGAUAUGCUAUGACUGGUUGUUGUCGUGCAAUGUUUGCCAAUCGUAUCUCUUAUACUUUUGACUUUAAAGGACCAAGCUUUUUAAUGGACACAGCUUGUUCAUCAGGAGCUUUGGCAUUGUAUGAAGCAGUAAAAGCUAUACAGACUGGGCAGUGUGAAGCUGCUAUUGUUGGAGGAGCAAAUCUGUGUUUAAGGCCAGGCACUGCUUUGCAAUUUUAUCGCUUAAAUAUGUUAUCGGAUGAUGGCAGAUGCAAAACUUUUGAUGCUGCUUGUAAUGGAUAUGGGCGAAGUGAAGCUGUAGUAACUCUAUUUCUACAAAAAUCCAAUGUUGCAAGAAGAAAGUAUGCCUCCAUUGUACAUAUCAAAACAAAUACAGAUGGUUUCAAAGAACAAGGAGUGACAUUUCCAUCUGCUGCUAUGCAAAAACAAUUAAUCAAAGAAGUAUAUGAGGAGAGCAAAGUAGACCCUUUACAAGUAUCUUUUGUGGAAGCGCAUGGUACUGGUACUCCUGCUGGUGAUCCCAUUGAAAUGUCUGCUAUAGCUGAAAUUUUUUGCAAAGGAAGGAAUGAACCUCUUCUUGUGGGAUCAACAAAGAGCAAUAUGGGCCAUUCUGAGCCCUCUUCAGGUAUUUGCAGUGUUGUAAAAGUACUGAUUGGCAUGGAAACUGGUCUUAUACCUCCAAAUUUACACUUUAAUACACCAAAUCCAGAAAUCAAGCCUCUGAUUGAUGGGGAAGUUAAAGUUGUAACUGAGCCAACUCCUUGGGAAGGUGGUUAUGCUGCUUUAAGCUGCUUUGGUUUUGGAGGUGUGAAUGUGCAUGCAAUUCUGCAAUCCAACAGUAAAACCAAAAAGUCAGAGGAGGCACCUGACGGAAACUUACCCCAGUUGGCAUUGUAUAGUGGUAGGACUGAAGAAAGUGUAUUAACAAUGUUUGACUACUUAGACAAGGAGAAGUUGCCAAGAGAAUUUUUUGCAUUGUUACACAAAUCUGUUUAUACAUCACCUCAGUUAAAACCAUUCCGAGGGUAUAAAUUACUUGCUGGCGAUCCUGAGGCAUCAAGUAUAAAGCAAGUAUCUGCUGAAAAACGUCCUGUGUGGUACAUUUUCUCUGGAAUGGGUACUCAAUGGCCUGGCAUGGCAAAACAAUUAAUGAAUCUUCAAGUGUUUGCUGAUUCAAUAAAGAGAUCUGCUGAAGUUUUGAGGCCAUAUGAACUUGAUUUAAUUGAUUUGGUAACUAAUGGUGUAAAGGACAAGACUAACGUUCGAAGCAUUAUUCCUGCCUUUGUAUCCAUUGCUGCAGUACAGGUGGCUUUAGUUGAUGUUUUGAAUGAACUUGGAUUGAAACCAGAUGGUAUUGUUGGACACAGUGUUGGGGAAUUGGGAUGUGCUUACGCAGAUGGUUGCUUUACUGCUGAGCAAAUGAUACUUGCUGCAUACUGGAGAGGAAAAGCUGUUGAAGACUCUAAUCUGGAGGAUGGUGCAAUGGCUGCUCUUGGAAUCACAUGGCCUGAAGCUCAGAGCCGCUGUCCCAAAGAUAUCUUUCCUUCAUGCCAUAAUGCAGAAGAUUCUGUCACAAUAUCUGGUCCCAAAGAAAGUGUAAAGGUUUUUGUGCAAACUUUGAAAGAUGAAAACGUUUUUGCACGUGAGGUUGACAGUUGUGGUUAUGCAUUCCACAGCCAAUAUAUUUUCCCUGCGGCAAGUAAGCUUCGAGCAGCUUUAGAAAAGGUCAUUCCUGAACCAAAAGAACGAUCUCCGAGAUGGAUUAGUUCAUCAUACCAUGAAAGCAAAUGGAAUGAGCCAUCUUCCAAACUUGCAGAUGCUGCUUACUUUGUACAUAAUCUGGUGUCACCAGUUUUGUUUCACGAAGCUUUGCACUAUGUGCCUAAAAAUGCUCUUGUUGUUGAAAUAGCUCCCCACCACUUGCUGCAAGCUAUUCUUAAAAGAGUUAUUGGUGCUGAUGCUGAAUAUAUUGGGCUGAUGAAGAGAAAUGUUGAUAAUACUGUUCAUCUUUUAUCUAGUAUUGGAAGGCUUUACAAUUGUGGACUCAACCCUGAUAUUGAGAAACUGUAUCCCUCCGUCACUUUGCCAGUACCUAAAGGUACUCCCAUGAUUUCACCACUUAUCAAGUGGGACCACUCUGAGAGUUGGACAGUGGCCAAAUGGGACAAGAACACCAACCAAUCUCAGAUGAUAAUUGAAGUUAAUGCUGGUCCAGAAGAAUCUCCAGAUAAUUAUAUGCUAGGCCACUGCAUUGAUGGAAGAUAUUUGUAUCCUGCUACUGGCUAUUUGGUACUUGCUUGGCAGGCACUUGCUGAGCUGAAAAAUGUGGAAAUGACACAGUUGCCUGUCACAUUUGAAGAAGUGAAAAUUCAUCGAGCAACUGUUUUGUCAAAGACAAAUUCAACAAAAUUUUUGGUGGAUAUUACGAGUGCUGGUGGAGAUUUUGAGAUAUCGGAGGGAAACAUGACAGUGUGCACUGGACGUGCGUAUUGCCCUGAAGAAUUACAUGAUCCAAACUACAUGCCAAAAUGGAAGUCAGAGAAGCCUGAUCUGCAACUUAACAGCAAAGACAUCUACAAAGAACUGAGGCUGAAAGGAUAUGAUUAUGGUCCUACAUUCCAGGGUGUAAUUGGCUCUGAUUUAGAAGGAAACAAAGGCCUUUUGAAUUGGUCUGAAAAUUGGGUUGUAUUUUUGGACACUAUGCUUCAAUUUACUAUCUUAGGCUCAAAUCAAAGAGCUUUGUUCCUGCCAACACGAAUUCAGAGUCUGAAAAUAAAUCCUGUGUUGCAUAAUAAAAUAGUUGAGGAGUCUCAAAAUCUUGAAGGCAUCCCAAUUCUUCAUGAUAAACAUACAAAGCAAUGUUUUGCUGGUGGAGUUGAGCUCAAAAACUUGAAAGCUAGCAUUGCACCUAGGCAGCAAGUUAAACAAAUUCCCCUUUUGGAACAAUAUCGAUUUGUUCCAUAUGAUGAACCAUGUGCUCUGCCCAAGGCUGAGAUUGAAUCCUUAGAAAGAUACACUCAAGUGUGCUCCUCUGUCGCAAAAACAAUCUUAGAAUUGUCUGGAAAGAACAAGGAUCAAAUAACAGAUGUUAUGAAUGGCUUUAAAGAAGCUGAUGAUGCUCUCAUAUCAAACUACUUAAAAUCCAACUCUGAUAACCAUGUCCUUUUAAAAGCUCUUUGUGGCAUUAUGAAUACAGCUACUAGCAAAGACUUAUCCCAACAUGUUAAGAAUCAUUUGAACAACUAUAUGUCUGACAGAGACACUGAUGUUUUGUCUCAAACAAUGCUCAAUGAACUUCCUUUACGAACAGUCGUUGAUAUUGUUUUAGAAAAUGCUUCUUCCAGGAAGCUAAAGGUUGUUGAACUGUCUAACAGUCUUUUACCAAUGUGUGCUAAAGUGGCAGACUUUAUUCAAGGUUUAGGAAUGCUAAAUGUUUCUUAUACCCUAGCGCAUUCCAACCCUGACAUCUUGGAACAAGAUAGUCUUUCUUCAAAAAAUAUUCAGUUGGUAUCUUGGGACUCAAAAUCUGACUUUGAUUUCAAGGAUGUGGAUCUCAUUCUGGUAAAAUACCUUGACUUCUCUAAGAAAGAGCUUAAGCAUAUACUUAAUAAUGCUUCUGAAGUAUUGAAAGAUAAUGGGUUUUUAAUUAUGUUACAAAGGACACGCCUGAUUCCUGCAGAAAUGUUCCUGAGUGCUGUGGGAGAGACUGUUAUACCUGCAUACCGUGAAUCUGAAAUAGAACAGUCCUUCAAAGAAUCGAAUUUCAACAUCAUUUGUAAGAAGUCGGAUUCCUUGGCAUCAACAAUGUACCUAGUAAGAAAAAUACCAAAUGUGAACUAUGUUGACCACAUUGUACCAGUAAUACAUAACAAGUAUGAGAAAUGGGUAGAUCAAGUAAAGGAAAAAUUAAGUGAAGUGCAAGCUUCUUCUGAUCCUGCUAGAGUAUGGUUAGUUAGUGAAAAAUGUCAUGACAGUGGAAUAAUUGGACUUGUCAAUUGUCUUCGUCAAGAGCCUGGUGGAACAAGCAUCAGAUGUGUUUUUACAAAUAAAGAAGUUCAGGAAGUUCCUGAUUUUAAGCUGAAGAGCCAUUUCUAUGAAGAUGUAUUCAAUAGGGAUUUAACAAUGAAUGUGUUUAAAAAAGGCACCUGGGGCUCUUAUAGACAUAUAACUUUUAGUGAAGAUCCUACAAAAGUAACCACAGGAGAUGCUUACUUGAAUGUGCUUACUCGAGGAGAUUUGUCGAGCCUUGUUUGGUUAGAUUCACCCCUGAAAUACAUUUCUAAACCUAAUUAUGGAAUCUUAUGUGAUGUAUAUUAUGCAUCUCUUAAUUUUAGAGAUAUUAUGUUGGCUAGUGGAAAGUUACCUCCUGAUGCUAUACCAGGCGAUUUGGCCCUUCAGGACUGCAUACUUGGGUUCGAAUUCUCAGGUCGUGACAGAGAAGGUUAUCGAGUGAUGGGUGUUCUACCAGCAAGAGGUAUGGCUACAAGUGUUAUUGCUGAUGAAGAUUUUGUGUGGAAAGUUCCAGAUGCUUGGACCCUUGAGGAAGCUGCAACGGUUCCAGUUGCCUACUCAACUUCUUAUUAUGCUCUCAUUGUCAGAGGGAACUUGAAAAGUGGAGAAAAGGUUUUGAUUCAUUCUGGAAGUGGUGGUGUUGGACAAGCGUCAAUUGCAAUUGCUUUGAGCUACGGAUGUGAAGUUUUUACUACAGUCGGUUCACAAGAAAAAAGAGAUUUUCUCAAACAAAGAUUUCCUCAGCUGCAAGAUAGAAAUUUCUGCAAUUCUCGGGACACUUCAUUUGAGCAAUAUAUUUUGAAUGUCACAAACGGUGAAGGAGUUGAUGUUGUCCUCAAUUCUCUUGCUGAUGAUAAGUUGAAAGCAUCUUUAAACUGUUUAGCUCAGCAUGGUCGUUUCCUAGAAAUUGGAAAAUAUGAUUUGUCUAAUAAUACACCCUUAGGCAUGGCAAUCUUUUUGAAAAAUAUGUCUUUCCAUGGAAUAUUAUUGGAUGCGCUCUUUGAAAGAACAACUUACAGCUCCCGUGCCAAACGAGAACUUGUUGCUUUAGUAAACAAAGGAAUAGCCGAUGGAGUGGUUCAGCCGCUCAACACCAUACUGUUCAACCAUGACCAAGCUGAACAAGCUUUCAGAUACAUGGCUAGUGGGCGACAUAUAGGAAAAGUAGUUUUGAAGGUUAGAGAAGAAGAAGCAGUAAAGAAAAUGCCUGCAACUCCAGUCAAUUUCACUGCCCUUGCUCGCACUGCUUGCCAUCCUAAAAAGUCUUACGUUAUUAUUGGUGGUUUGGGUGGAUUUGGGCUAGAACUGAGCCAGUGGCUGGUUGACAGAGGAGCAAAAAACAUAAUUCUCACUUCUCGAUCUGGCGUCCAAACUGGUUACCAGAAAAUAUGCUUAAAACGAUGGCGAGAUGAAUCCAUAAAUGUUGUGGUUUCAAAGCUGAAUGCUGCAAAACCUGAAGAAGCAAAGGCUUUACUUGAACUAGCUUCAAAACAUGGAUCAGUAGCUGCCAUUUUUAACUUGGCUUUAGUUUUACGAGAUGCUUUCAUGGAAAACCAAACUGUAAAGAACUUCCAAGAAGUUGCAGAAUCAAAAGUAUCUUCCACUAGACAUUUGGAUGAAUUUUCUAGGAAAAUGUGUCCAGAUCUAGAAUGGUUUGUUUGCUUUUCUUCAGUCAGUUGUGGUCGUGGAAAUGCUGGGCAAAGUAACUACGGUUAUGCAAACUCUGUCAUGGAAAGGGUGUGUGAAGAAAGGCACAAAGAAGGUUUACCUGGUUUAGCUAUUCAGUGGGGUGCAAUCGGUGAUGUCGGUGUUAUUCAAGAUACUGUGGGAUCUGAUGUAGUCAUCGGCGGUACCAUCCCUCAGCGUAUUCUCUCUUGUGUAUCUGUUCUAGAUAAGUUCCUACAACAAAACCAUCCAGUUGUGUCUAGUUUUGUGCCGUAUCAACCAUCAGAAACUACUACACAGAAAUCAUCAAAGCACAAUGUUCUUUCAACUGUUGCUAAUAUCUUUGGUAUCAAAGACAUGACAGUUAUCAAUCCUGAAACAUCUCUUGGUGAAUUGGGUAUGGAUUCUCUGAUGGGUGUGGAAGUGAAACAGUUCCUGGAACGUGAUUAUGAGCUUGUAUAUUCUAUUCCUGAGCUUCGAGGACUCAAGAUUAAAGAUUUGAAGAAACUGGAAGGUGAAGGAGAAGACAAUAAAACGAAAGAAGAAUCUGCACCCAAGCAAGUGAAAAAAGUUGCUGGACAUUUUAGCUCUCUUCUGAGCAAACAGCUUGUACCUUCUGAAACAUUAGUUCAUAUGAAUUCAGUGAAGACUGGUUCUCCAUUAUUUAUAAUUCAUCCCAUUGAAGGUACAGUUGUGAUGCUGGAAAGUGUUGCUCAACUGCUACAUUGUCCUGUGUAUGGAAUUCAAUGUACUUGUGAUGCACCAGCAGAGUCACUUGAAAAACUUGCUUCUUGGUACUGGCAGAAUAUCAAAUCUCUCAACAUUAAUGGUAAUCCUAUUUAUUUGGCUGGAUACUCAUUUGGAGCUUCUGUGGCUUAUGAAAUGGCAUUGCAAGCCCAAAAAGAACCUACCAAAUAUCCUGUGAUCAAAUCUGUAAUCAUGUUGGAUGGUGCUCCUGCAUUAGUUACUGCCUAUACAAGAGAGCAUGAGUCCCACUUUUUGCAAGACUCCCAAGUAGAAGGAGAAGCACAAGCAUUAUCAUUCUUUACGUUACAUUUCAUGGAAGAAGAUUUACGUGAUCUCAAAAAAGAACUUCUCAACUUGCCCACUUUUGCUGAUAGAGUCAAACAUACAGCAGAUAAAAUUGUCAAAGCAUGUCCUAAUUUGCUACUAGAAGAUGUUGUUACUGCAUUUGACUUGUACUAUAAAAAACUUUUGAUCUCUUUGAAAUACACACCUAAGUACAGAUUACAAAAGGAUGUCACACUUAUCAAGGCCUCUGAGAGUGUUGAUAUCGCAAAAACAUUUUCUGAACUGUACGAUUUGGAAAAGGUCUGUGAAGGCAAAAUCACUGCACAUACUGUCAAAGGCACGCAUAACUCUUUCAUUCAAGAUAAGGGAGCAAAAGAAGUGUCAAACUUAAUCAGUGAAAUUCUCAGCCACUGAGCUAAGGACUUGAAAUGACAUUUUGCAAUUAUCCUGUAAUGUUCUAAUGCAUUUCAGUUGUUUUAUGCAUUUUUUCUUGGUUUUUGUGAUUGAAAAUCAAGCUUUGUAAUAUAGUUCCAAUUAAGGUUUUUAUUUUUAAUUGGUUACAAGUUUGAAAUUUGUAUAAUUUGUACAAAAUUGUUGUAUAAAUGUUUAAUUAUCUGAAUAUUAAUAAAUGUUAUGUUUUGUUUUGA